AUGGGCUUCCCCUCUCGAGCCCUAGAGAACCUGGCUGGCCUGCAGGAUGACGGCAUCGGCGCCCUUGCGGACGAGGAUAUGGACUCGGUGCGACUCAACUGGCAGCUUGUGGAGCUGCAGAAUUUCCCACGAGAUCUGCUCGCCAAGUUGCUGGCGCUGCCCCGUAAGGCCCUCGAGAAUGUCACCGAGCUCGACGCCCCCGGCAUCACCGCCUUGGCUGCCCCCGACCUGGACAAGGACCUCCUGAGCUUCCUGCUGCAAAUGAUGGGCAAGCUGUCAUCGGAGCUGCUGAGGAGGCUGCUCGCGCUCCCCCGUGCUGUCCUGGAGAAGGUUGUGUCGAUCAA